AUGUCAAGAUUCACACAAGUCAGGCGCCUGUUGCCCCCGCUCGCCAUCGCCGGCGCGGCAGGCGGUGCGCUCUACUACACAUACCGACCGCGAGACAUCCCGGGUUAUGAGGGCCCUGUAGUACCCCCUCCGAUCUGGGGCGCAGACGGAACCUUCAAGUUGCCUCGAUUUCCCCGUGUGAAGUCUCGCCUCGAGCAGAUCGCCGAUCUUAAAAAAAGCAACACUGGAGACAAACAGGACGAAUACGACAUCCUGGUCAUUGGCGCUGGCGCAACAGGGGCAGGAGUCGCGCUUGAUGCCGCAACCCGGGGUCUCAAGGUCGCUGUGGUUGAGCGGGGAGACUUUAGCUGCGGGACCAGCAGUAAAAGCACCAAGCUCGUUCACGGCGGAGUGCGUUACCUUGAGAAGGCCGUUUGGAAUCUGGACUACGCCCAGUAUCAGCUUGUGAAGGAGGCACUGAAAGAGCGCACUUACUUCUUGCGCACCGCCCCUCACUUGAGCUCGUGGUUGCCCAUCAUGCUGCCGCUCGACAAGUGGUGGAAGGUACCAUACUAUUGGGCUGGCACCAAAUUCUACGACUUCCUCGCCGGGAGCGAAGGCAUCGAGAGCUCGUAUUUCUUGACCAGGAGUAAGGCCCUCGAUGCAUUUCCUAUGCUCAAGCAGGCCGGCCUCGUCGGCGCAUUGGUCUACUACGACGGGGCGCACAACGAUUCGAGGAUGAACGUUUCGAUUGCCAUGACCGCGGCCUUGUACGGUGCGACAGUGGUGAACCACACGGAGGUUACGGGUCUUCUAAAGGAUGAGAAUGGCAAGCUGUGCGGUGCCACGGUCAAAGACAGGAUACCAGAAAGAGACGGGAAGAAGGCGGACAGUUUCAACGUCAAGGCCAAAUGCAUCAUCAACUGCACCGGUCCCUUCACCGACGGCAUCAGGAAGAUGGACGACCCCAACUGCAAGGAAAUAGUCGCCCCCGCCUCGGGAGUGCACAUCAUCCUCCCUGGUUACUAUAGCCCCGCCAAGAUGGGCUUGAUUGACCCUUCGACAUCCGACGGAAGAGUCAUUUUCUUCUUACCUUGGCAGGGCAACACGAUCGCCGGCACAACUGAUGAACCUGCAGCCAUCUCCACCGACCCUCUUCCUGACGAGAAGUCGAUCCAGUGGAUCCUCAAUGAGGUCAGCCACUACCUUUCACCCGAUAUCAAUGUCCGCCGCGGCGACGUCCUCGCAGCCUGGUCGGGUCUGCGUCCGCUCGUCAAGGAUCCCAAGGCCAAAAACACCGAGUCCCUCGUGCGGAGCCACCUGGUCGACAUCUCCGAGUCCGGACUUCUGACCUGCGCGGGCGGCAAGUGGACAACCUACCGCCAAAUGGCCGAAGAGUGCGUCGAUGCCGCGAUAAAGGCGUUCAACCUCCAGCCGCGGCCCGUCACCAACGCGCCGCGCGUGAGCGGCACCGAGGCGGUCGACGACGGCGCCAGCCUCGACGGCUCCUGCCAGACGCACCGCGUGCGCCUGAUUGGCGCCCACGGCUGGAGCCGCACCCUGUUCAUCCAUCUCAUCCAGCACUUUGGCGUCGAGACCGAGGUCGCCAAACACCUCACCGAGAGCUACGGCGACCGCGCCUGGACCGUCGCCGCCUUGUGCCGCCCCACCGACAAGCGCUUCCCCGCGCGCGGCGAGCGCAUCUCGCAGCUCUAUCCCUUCGUCGACGGCGAGAUCAGGUACGCCGUCAGGCACGAGUACGCGCAAACAGCGGUCGACGUGCUCGCGAGAAGGACACGCCUCGCGUUCCUGAAUGCCCAGGCCGCGCUGGAGGCGCUGCCGAGGGUCAUUGACAUCAUGGCUGAGGAGCUCAGUUGGGACCGUAAGAGGCAGGAUGUUGAGUGGCGGAGCGCUGUGUCAUUCCUGGAAUCGAUGGGCUUGCCCCAGCCCAUGCUCUCGGCCACCCGGAAACAGGUCGAGCAGGGCAAGAUCGACUUGAAGUCGUCGCUCGAGUAUCGCAUGUAUUCGAGGCACGAUAAACCUGUCGAGGAUGAGGCCUAG